GAAGACGCCAUUGAAAGAGUGAAAGUUUGUGACACAUUUAAUGCCCUGUGAGACAGGAUUUAGCGCAACGCAGGCGCUCCGAUGCGUGUUUACAGGUCGUGGCUGCGGCCGUUCAGUGUGAGCGCUGCGCUCUCGGGACGCUUCUCCUGCUUCCCCGGUUUGCGCGCGCGCAAGAAGAGCAGCCGGUACAGCGAUGUGGACUCUGAGUACUACUCCUCACUGCUGAAGGCGGUCACGUGUCCGAGAUCGCGGACUCCAGAAAGUAUUGAAAACGAAGACCAGUGGCUUUACGGCCCUGUCGUAAAAUCCAAAGCCCGCGUGUGCAGAACGCUGAGAAACCCGUGGCCUCUGUUAAACGACGCCAAACGUGUCCUUGAUGGAGAGAACGUGGAGGGAAGCAUGACUCGGAUAAGCUUACAGAGAGAUGCAGAGCACGCCUCUAUACCAAGUGUAACAAGAAUACUCCAAAAGACAAUGUCAGCCCAGAAAGCGUUUUAUUUGGAGAGAUGGAAGAAAAGGAAGAUUGCAGAGCUUGGAGAGGAAGGCUUCAAAGAAUACAGCAACAAUCUUUUCACACAGGGGAGACUAUUGCAUGUCGCUCUUGAAGGAAUUUUAAGUGGAGAACAAACCUUAAAUGAAAAUGAAACCGUGUCUGGGUAUUUGCAAAGUAUCAGUCACGGGUUGGAAGAUGUUACAGGAGUGAAAGCCAUUGAGAGUGUUGUGCAACAUCAGCCUCUGCAGUACCUGGGCGUUGUGGAUUGUGUUGCCAUGUACAAGAAUUCACUGUGUGUCAUAGAGUGGAAGACAUCAGAAAAGCCAAAACCUUUCCUUUACAACACGUAUGACAACCCCUUGCAGGUGGCUGCCUACAUUGGAGCCUUAAACAGUGACAAAAACUACAACUACCAGGUGGACAGUGGAUUGAUUGUGGUUGCCUACAAAGAUGGCUCACCAGCCCACUAUCACUUCCUGAAAGCGGACCAAGUGGUGCAGUAUUGGGAUGAAUGGCUUUUCAGACUGGAAGAAUACAUGGAGAAAAAUGAGUGACUCAGAUCUUGCUGAUGGAUCAAAAACCAACACUUCAAUAAUUUUCUAACUCUUUGUUCUGUUGGUCUUCCUUUCUGUUCCAAGAAAGCAUCUGAGAUCCGUGGAAAGCGGUGCUUUGUAUGAUUAACGUAUCUGGAAUUUUGUGUAAUCUCCUAUUUAUACUUUAUAAAAGAAGCUUGCAUUGUCUGUACAACCCCAAAUCAGAAAAAGUUGGGAUGGUAUGGAAAAUGCAAAUAAAAUAAAAAGUAGUGAUUUCCUAAAUUUAUUAUGACUUGUAUUUCAUUGCAGACAGUACGAGUCCAAAAUAUUUCAUGUUUUGUCUGGUCAAGUUCAUUAAAAAAAAAAAUUUCCUGUUUUUCAGGCCUGCAACACAUUCCAAAAAAUUGGGAUGGGGCAAUUUAGGGCUAGUAAUGAGGUAAAACAAUUAAUGUGAUUUACGAAUGGGUGAUGUCAGCAGGUGAUUCUGAUCAUGGUUUGGUACAAAAUCAGUAUCCAGGAAAGGCCUAGUCUUUGAGAAGCAAAGAUGGGCUGGAGAUCUCCAGUUUAUAAACAACUGUGUCAGAAAAUUAUGGAACUACUUAAUGUUCCUGAUAGGAAGGGAUUUGGGUAUUUCACUCUUUAUUAUAAUUCAACCAUCUAUUACAAUUAAAGGAUUCAGUUAAUUGGAGGAAUGCACCAGAUAUUUUCAAUAGGAGACAGGUCUAAACUGCAGGCAGGCCAGUUUAGCACCUGGACUCAUUACAGAGCCAUGCAGUUGUAAUGUAUACAGAAUGUAGUUUGGCAUUAUUUUGCUGAAAACUCUUUCAAUACCUUAGCCUUGAUUAGAAAUUUGAGAUCCCUUAUCACCCAUAACCUUCAGGGAUUGUUGAAAAAAUGAACUGAAUGCAGGGUGGCACAGUAGUUAGCACUGUCGCCUCACAGUAAGCAGGUUCCGGGUUUGAGCCCAGGGGUCUUUCUGUGUGGAGUUUGCAUGUCUGCGUGGGUUUCCUCCAGGUGCUCUGGUUAUCCCCCCCUCGUCCAAAGACAUGCAGGUUAGGCUAACUGGUGGCUCUAAAUUGACCGUUGGUGUGAACGAGAGUGUGAAUGGUUGUCUCUAUGUGUCAGCCCUGCGAUGAUCUGGUGACUUGUCCAGGGUGUACCCUGCCUCUUGCCCAACGACAGCAGGGAUAGGCUCCAGCUUGCCUGUGACCCUGCACAGGAUAAGCACUUGUGGAUAACGGAUAGAUGAACUGAAUGCUCAUGCAGAUUGACAAAAGCAUUGUUUCAACAACUGUCUGCAACAUUUAUUUCCAUUCGGAGUUGCAUUAUCCCCCCCCCCCAAGAGCUUGUAUUAACAACGGGAGAGUCGAACCUCCUGCAAAAUGCCUUUUCCUGCACAUCCCAAAGACUUUCAAUGGGGUUAAGGUCAGGACUUUCUGGAGGCCAAUUCAUGUGUGAAAAUGAUCCCUCAUGCUCCUUGAAUUGCUUUCAGAAUUUGAGCCAGGGGAAUCCUUGCAUUGUCAUCUUGGAAUAUGCCUGUGCCAUUAGGGAAGGGAAAAAAAAGUCAAUUGAUGUGAAAACCUGGUCAUUCAGUAGUCAGGUAGUUCAGCUGACUUGAUUUUAUUGCCUUAUAACACUGCUGAGCCUAGACUUGUUAAACUAUAGCAACCUCAGAUCAUAACUGUUUCUAGAGGUUUGUACAAUAGCCACUAUUCAUGAUGGGUACAUCGCUUUAUGCACUUCCCUCCUUACCCUGACAUGCCUAUUACUCUGGGAUAGGGUAAAUUUGGAUUCAGAUGACAUGACAUUUUUCCACUGCUUCAGAGUCCAAUCUUCAGUUGGCUAGGGAACAUAAAAAGACUUGUUCCAAUUAGUUUCACUAACAACUGGUUUUCUUAUGGCCGCACAGCUGGUUAGUCCUAAUCCUGUGAGCUCUUGUCACAUUGUGUGUAAAUGCUUUUACUUUCACUAUUAAAAUAGGCAUGAGUUCUAGUGUUA